AUAAGAGCCUGACGAUUCGUUCAAUUCGAAUUCCAAGCUACCAAAAAAAGAAAUAGAGAAUCCGUGGAAAGAGAAAUAAUUUCUAAGCAACAAUCAUCGAUUAAUAUCCAUAACCAGAGGCGAGAGGAGGGCAGUUUUUCAAGUUUUUGAAGGAAGAAGGGUCCAAGCGGCCCGUACAAUACAGCAAUCAUUGAUUCCGACGAGUCGACGGUGAUCAUGGGCGCCCAGGAAGAGGACACCAAGUCCAGCACCAUAGGCGGGGUGCUUCCUGUGGUGGAGGUGGUGACUCUGGUGGAGAAAGCUAAAUUCUACACCUCCCUCUGCCUGGGUACCACGGCCAUACUUGCCGUCUUCGCCUUCCUUUUUCUGAUCCCGUUCGUCGUGGAACCGGCGGUAACCACGAUCCUGGCCGACUUUUCUCCACACGCCGUCGCCUGUGUCGUCACCGACCACGUUUACGCCGAGGGAUUGAAGAAUUGCUCGUGGGCAAGUUGUAGAGAAGGUUGUACCAGCGCCGCGCUUCGUUGCCAUCAGAUCAGAGUGAACUACACGAGGCUGUCGUUCGAUGAAUUCAUAGCGAAACCGUUGGGCUCCAUCCCGUGGGACGUUUCGGACACGAAAUUUUUCGUGAACACGGAAGGCUGCGGUUACCCGCCCAGGGUGAACUGUUCCGACUUCGCCAAGAAGUAUGGAUACUCGAACAUGGGGAAAAUAUUCCCUUGUUAUUACAGCAGAACGCAUCCGGAGACUGUCGUUGCAAGGUACUCUUGGGAUGAGAAUCUGAGGCAUCUAGUGCUAGCCUUGGUAGUGCCUACAGUUCUUUUCGGAGUGUCCCUCGGUGUAUUAUGCUAUUGGUAUUGUCCACCGAUGGGCAAGACUUGCGGAGGACCAGGCCGCAACUUGAUUGACAAGUACGCAAGGAAGGAAGAUUUUCUGUUGCAUUCGUACAGUAUUCUGGGAGAGGACGAGUUCGAGGAGGACGAGGAGGAAUACUGACUGCUGCCAAGGGCUCACCCCCCAGCGCGGGAGUGACGCCGAAGGAAUUACUGAAAAAUAAUCCCCGUUAUUUACGUUCUAAAAUUAAUCGUUCGAAAGCAAUAGCAGCGUUAGGGAAACUUCCAGCAACGAAGAUAAAUGCAUUUACGUUUAACGUUUCCAUUUCCGAUUUCUACCGUUUAUCGAUUGAUCUUAAUCCACUGCGAUACACUGCACUUCGAGCUUAAUUGCUUUCGUUAAAGGAGAAUUGGUAAAUAAUUUUGCUCCUUUGGAUAUCGUUUGGACCAUUCUUAUGACGGUCCUUAAUAAAUGGAUUAUUAAGUUGCAGCAUAUGACAUGGCCGAUUUAAAAAAGAGAGAAGAAAAAGAUCGUUUAAAAAAUUCGAGCUAAACCUUUUUAACGAAUUAUGCAUAUUUACGCGCGAUUUAAAGCUUGCAGAAUACGAUGUGAAUUAUUAUAUUGAAUUCAACUUAACUUUAAAUUUCGACAAGUAUCCAAAGAAUUUUAAUUAAUGUUAAAAUAUCGUUAAAAUUUUUUUCUUCGGCUAUUUCAUCUGUAACGACCCGAUAUCCCUCACACAAUUUUGCAAUAAAUCAAAAUUAAUAUUAUACAUAAUAUAUACGUUUAUUACGAGAUGUUAUAUAAAAAUUCCUUUUUCUAAAGACUUGUCCCGCGAUGAAUCGCAAUACGAAUUUCGAAGUUUGAAUCGCGGGACCGUACAUCGAAAAUAUUUUCCAAAACGAUCGAAUUAAACCUGAAGAAUGUCUGCGAUAUUUUUACACCGAGUUACACCCCAAGAAAAAAAAAAUGAUUAACCUCUAUAAUUGUACAGAAAAUGCGAUGUUUUUUCUUUCCUUUUCCGAUGUCGAGACGCGUAAUCGAAAUUUUUAUACCGCGAAACGCAAUAAUAAAUGGGCUCUCGUGAAUUUACAAGGCAAGGCACGGUGAGAAUAAAGCUCAGUCUCGAUCAUCUACCAGUAUUCCGUACGAGAAAUUGCAACAAGGUGCGCCUUCCUACAACGUGAUAACUUUAAACGUAAGGAACAAAGUAUUCAAGUGGCACGAUUAAAAAAAAAAAAAGCAGCAUUCGUUCGUAAUAGGAUAAAUGAUGUACUGUAUUUUUAAGUCAUGUUUAUCCAGACUCGGGUAAGAUGACGUUUGAAUUUAUAGUAAAAAGAAAAAAAAAAAAAAAAAAAGAAAAACUAAAAUAAAAUAAAACGAAAAAGAAUAUUGGAAACGAAGUGUUUUUAAAAAAGCAGCACGGAUUAAUUUGUAUCCCGCGAUACAAUGUUGCUUUAACGUUUUACGAUAAUUCGAUAAAAUUGCAUCGUUUGAAAAUGUUAAUUAAAAUGAAAAUUAAAUUGAAUUACAUAAAAUAUCAUUUUACCCAGAUCUGCGCCCACGAUUAAGUGAUCGAGAAACGUUCCGUUUUGUUAACGUUUGUCGGAGAAAAAGAAACGAUCGAUUCGUCGAUUCGUUUCGAACGGAAGUAAGAAAAGAAAUCAAAAUCCUGUGCAGGCUCGUGUCACGCGACAUGUACGCGCCAGUACAUACCAUUUCAGCGUUUCUAUUUCUACUUCGAAUGUUCGAUGAAUCGAGGAUGUGAACAUUCGUGUCAGAGAUCGUGAAGAUAAGGGGAGAAGGAGAGAGGAUAUUUUUUCGACGGUGAAAAAUAUAUCAAAAUAAAAAUUAAAAAAAAAAUAAUAAAAAAAUGAAAAAGAUAAAAUAAAAAAAAAAUACGUGGAUCAUAGUGCUUUCACACGUUGCAAAAUUGUUUAAGGUUAAGAGAAGAAUAUACGCGAAGAUUAGAUCAUUGCUAUUUUUGCAACAGGAGGGGAGGGGAGGAAUCGUAGCUAAAUUAAUAAAAUUUCGAAGCGAUCGGUAAUUGGAAACGCAAGGAAUGAUGAAGGCGAUGACGCGAUGGCCUCCAGGAUAUGUCUUCGCACCAGAGAA